CUUGCUAGCAGCAGCUCGUUGUUCGCCUUGUUUCGUUUUGUCCUGAGGGAAGGAGUAUGAAUGCGCUAUCCGCACGAGGGACAGGGGUAGUUGCGCGCUCUCUUUGUGAUCUCACGUUUUUGUCACAAUGACUUCUCUUUACUGCACGUCACUUGAUUUGCCGCGGAAGAAGAAGCGUCAGCCAAAAUAGAUUUUACUUGCUUACCUCUCUGCCGCACAAGCUGGCAGCUUUAUUGCUUCCCUUAGAAUCUCCACCCAACAUUAUGAAAGACCUGGAACGGCAGGCUGCCGGCGUUGCGGGGAUUGGGAUUCUUGCCCUCUGCUUUCUCGGUGGAUAUGCGGAAAGUACGCGGGAAAGCAUUUCCUUGGAAUCCUUGGUGAAGGUUGACAACGCGGCAACUGCGGAAAUUCUGGCCGGCACCAUCCGAAGCGUCGUGCUUUGUUUCUUCUGCACCGGCGUGAUCGACGUCAUCGUCACUCUCGCCCUGCUGGUCUAUUUCUUCGCUGUGGGCACCAAGAAUCUUCGUUUUCCAUUUCCGCUAUCGGAGGAAUCGGACGCUCGCGGGACCGUCUUUUUCCUGACUGCUGCACUUGCCGUGUUGUUUCGUCUCGCCUACGCGUGCGUCAUCAUCUCCUGCUUGAACUCCCUCGUCCAAGUGCCGAAGCUCGUGUUGGUACAAGCAACGCUCACCGACGAACAGCGAGCAGCGCGUUCUUUACUCAUAAAACAGCUUUGGGACGCCUUCUAUCUCGGGUUUAACGGCGUUGCGCUUGGACUUUUCGGCAUCCACCUCGGCUUGCUGGCAGUGCCGCUCGCGCUGGUCAAAAAGAACUUCUUCACUCAACUGAUUCUGCCCAUGACGCUGGUAGCAGCCGGCGUAGGCUACACCGGGGACGCAAUUGGAGUUUUUCUUCAGGACAAAACGUACGGGUUGACGUCGAGUGGUCUGUUUGUCGGCGAGGUUUUGCUGAUGAUCUGGCUGCUUGUGGCGAUGGGGAAAAAAGGACAAGAGAACGAUCAAGGACAACAACCGUUUCUGCAGUGAGAUGAAGGGCCUUUUGUGUUUGAAAGACGACUGUACAAUGUGGAUAUUCGUGUAUUACGAGAUCAAUGGCACGUCGAACUUAGAGAGUUGGACACAUCAACUUACUUGGUUUGAUUUUCAUUGCCUCUGGUCCCAGAGCAAUUUCUCACCGGCUGCACUUACGAUCCUCGGUGACAGAUGUUGAAACAAUAUCCCAAUUCCACCUACUGUGACGAGCUUCAGUAACGCAAGCAAUUCAGUUUUUAAUCUGUGAUGCGUCUGCGCCUGAUCAUGAAGGAUCUCUGAUGCAAUACUUAGUGGAUUGAACUCCGGUAGUUCAUCCAGGAGCGCAAAAGUCAUGUUCAACACGAC